UAUCUUUAUACCUAUACAGUUGUAUAUGUGUAGUGAUUAAAUGGCGAUUCGUGGUUACAUUGGUAUUUCAUAAAAAAUAUCGCUCCGCACAAAUUUCUUUGCAAAAAUAGUGUUUAUACUUAUAAAAUAUAAAAAAUGCGUUCUGUGGUAGAAAUAGGGGCUAGUGUCCCUGCGUUCUUGGGAAAAUUAUGGAAAUUGGUUAAUGAUUCAGAAACGAAUAAUUUGAUUUCAUGGAGCCCCGGUGGAAAAACAUUUGUUAUCAAAAAUCAAGCUGAAUUUGCUAGAGAACUAUUGCCCUUAUAUUACAAGCACAACAAUAUGGCCAGCUUUAUAAGGCAAUUAAAUAUGUAUGGCUUUCAUAAGAUAACAUCUGUUGAAAAUGGUGGAUUAAGAUAUGAAAAGGAUGAGAUAGAAUUUUCUCAUCCAUGUUUUAUGAGAGGUCAUGCAUAUCUGUUGGAACAUAUAAAGAGGAAAAUUGCAAAUCCAAAGUCAAUUGUUGCUAGCAAUGAAAGUGGUGAAAAAAUAUUGCUUAAGCCAGAACUUAUGAAUAAAGUAUUGGCUGAUGUGAAACAAAUGAAAGGAAAACAAGAAAGUCUUGAUGCUAAAUUUAGUGCAAUGAAACAAGAGAAUGAAGCACUUUGGAGAGAGGUUGCAAUUCUUAGGCAAAAGCAUAUCAAGCAACAACAAAUUGUUAAUAAUCUUAUACAAUUCCUAAUGUCAUUAGUGCAACCAACUAGGGCACCAAAUGCUAAUGGAAAUAAUGUUGGCGUGAAGAGACCUUUCCAAUUGAUGAUCAAUAAUGCAGCACAUGUCUCUACAAGUGAUGGACCUUACUCCAGUAGAGCCAAAAACAUUAAACUAGACAAAGAAGUUCCUUUAGAAGAUAUCAAUGAAGAUAACUUGGAAGAUGGACCGACAAUACAUGAAUUAGCACAUGAUGAUGUGUUACAUAAUGAUGCCUCGCAGGAUUCUUUAGAUCCAACCAACUUUGUGACAGUUGAUAUAACUUCAAAUCCUGAAAUGUUUGUGGGUCAUAACUCAGGAGACCCAUCAUCUGCUAUACAGUAUCAUGUCACUAUGGCAGAUGGUGAUGAAGGGGAAACAGAUUGGAAGCUAACAUACCCUGCCAAUCGCAAAAAGAGUGUGAGACCAACAAAAGUAGUGACAAAUGCAGGACCUGUUGUGACAUCACCGUCACCUAUGAUGCCAUCACCUUCGCCUAUAACACCAUCACCCACGUCUCCAAUCCCGCAGAAUACUCUCGAACAACCAAUUAACAUUGUUACCAUGACAUCACCUGGUACCUCUAAGCCAAAAGAAAAAGGACACAAAAACAAAGAUAUAAUUUCGAGUGGUAAACAUCUUCUCUCUCCUAGUAAUUACAACACAAUAAAUAAUUCGGCAGACUUCAAAUUGCCUGCUGAAAUUUUUGCUAGCGAUGACUCGGUAAGCGAUGCUGGAGUGACAUCCACUGAUGAUUUUACUAUAAGGAAUAUAGUCCAAGAUGCGGUACAAACUGAACCAACAGUUUCCAUGUCCAAAGAUGAAAUGCUCGGUGGAGUAAACAUUAAAGUUGAAAAAUCCUUGCAAAAUUCAAAGCCAUCAAAGAAAACGAAGAAAGCAAAGAAUAAUGAAGCAACCGAUUUAAACUUGGCUGAUAUAAAGACUGAAUUACAGGAUUACUUUGAUUGGAACAACAUGACUCUUGCUACGGUGAACAAUAAUACAAACGUUAAUAGGUUCCAGUCCGUGUAUAGAAGAGAUAACAUCGCCAAAAAUCAAGAUGAAUUUUCAUCCCACUUUGGAUCCAAUUCAAACAAGAACGACAUAGAUGACCAUUUGGAUACAAUGCAAACUGACUUAGAUUCCUUAAGAGAACUCCUACGAAGUGACAGCUAUUCCUUGGAUACAAACACUCUAUUGGGGAAUGCUGAUGCAGGCGUAGAACCUGCGAUGUCUCUCGUCAUUCCAUUUCAUCAGCACACCAUGAAUGACUAUUUGUUCGGCUCCGAAGAUCCUUUCUAUGGGCUGUCGUUUAAUCCGAGUGAGGAGAGGGCAAAGGCCAACAAUAAUGCAAAGAAGAAAGGUGAUAUAUCGAAUGUAAGCGGUGAAGAGAAUCGCGCCCAGAGCCAGUGUUCUGAGGACGAUGCUGAAGGGUAUCAGCUUAUCUCGUAUACAGGGAAUAUUCCGUAUCUUGAAGAUAUAAAUCUUCCCGAGUUGGAGGGGGAUAGCUCUCAGGAGGCUCCACUUUCGGUGGCGCCGAGCCCCAGCAGUUCCACGCUCAAUACACCGCGUGUUGACAUAGAGCAUACUCCGAGACCCUGAGGUACCGCCAAAAAACACCGCAGGAAAAAGCCCGAGUGACUUUAAACAAUACUUAUAAGUGUAUUUAAAGUGAAGUUUUUUUGAAUACGUGUUGCGUGUUGAUUUAUAAUUAUGUAUAUAAUAUUAUACAAACUUAAUAUCAAAUAACAAACCGAAAUAUUAAUUGAUUUAUUAAUGUUAUGUACUACAUGAAAUAUAGGUGUCUUACGUACAUUGUAAAGCUUAUGUGCUUGUACAAAGGUAGUUUUGUAGGCGGAUGACUUAUUGCACGGAGUCUUGUUAUUGUGCACUAUUUGAUAACAUCCCGCUCUCUUUAUAACAAAGACUUUAAAAUACCGUUAUCGACUUAUCCUUUAUGAAUUUUUAUAUCAAAUAUUCAUGAAACUUUGAUUUUUUUAGUGUGUGGUUUUAAACAAAGAGGUAACAUGGUAACAUUAUCAUGAGGAAUUUUAUCAUGUUUGCAGCCGACAAACCGCAAUUUCGUAUAUUGUUUUGCUGGUACAAAAUUGUACAAUUUUUUUUAUUAUACAUAAAUAUUUUUUAAACUAUUGAAGGUUUUCAUUACAAGGCAAUUAUUUAAACCAAGGAUGAUUAAUUAUUUUGAAACUUAGUAAAUUGAUACCGCAAAUAGUUCACACUUUUUUAAGUUUACGCGUUUAGAAAAAUUUCAGUAUUUAGAACCUAUUUAGAAUUUUUGAUUACCAGACUUAAACGUAACAAAUUAUUUCUUUUGUUUUCUAACCGUGGAUUAAUUAAAAAUUGUCUUUGUUUAUGUACGCAUUUUUACCGCAAAGGAAACGGUAAAUUAAUUUGAUUUUCUAUGCAAAAAAUCACACAACAUGGGGUAGGCUCCGAGCCCUUCAGUGGUGAAGUAUA